GCAACCCCAUCUUUGUCGUGGUGGUGGACGCCAGUCGCUCCGAACCGCUGGCCAAUCGCUUUGUGGAGGGUGGUCAUGUGGCCAUCGUCUUGCAGUGAGGAGUUCUUGGUGCUCCUGGACCCCGCCGUUCGCUUGGACGCGCCCCUGGCGCCCCUGCCGGGCGAGGUGGCGGCCGCCGGGCGGCUUUGGACCCGACCGGCGCUGGUGGAGGAGGACUACAUCGAGUCUUUGGGGCGUCGCCAGCACCCCACCUUUCGUGCUGCGGGGAGCCUGCUCGCGGCCGACGUGGUCCGCGGGGGCCUGCUACGCACCGAGGCGGUGCUGGAUGCGCUCGCGGACGAGCAGGUGAUGAAGAUCGACUGGAACCGGUUGGCGGCAGAGGACGCCUCCCUCUUCGCCGAUCCGGUGGCCUUGCACUACGCUCUGGCCGCCCGCG